UUUAAAGAUUAAUCUAGGGAAAAGCCUUAAAACUUCAUUUUAAAUCAUCAUUUUUUUGAAGUAUAUAAUAUUUAUAUACUGCAAAUGAAACUCAUACACACUCCUCACCUUUGUUGAGGUUGGAACCCUUGACCUGUCGAAAGGCUGGGUUGCAUAUUUGCAGCUGGGCAAAGGCCCUUUGGUUUAAAUCAUCAUUUUCCCUUGAGAUGCAUUACAAUUGUGGAAUAUAAAGCAUAAUGUAAAAAUAGAUUACAAAGAUAUGUCAUGGUCAAGCCUUUCCCUAAAGCCCAUUCCUCGGUAUCUCAUUGUGAUUUUCACUAUUAUUCAAAUAAAUUUUUUGGUGGAGACAUGGGUUACAAGCAACUCAAGGUUUCCUUGGGUGAAUUUGAGUGUACCUUAUGACGGCACAACUCUAUAGCCUAACUCACCCAAAGCUAUAUGCUACCAAAUAAGUAUACCUCCAACCCCCUCUACCACCAAAGAACAUAAUCUCACGAGAAUAUUCUAGCAAUCUUUAGACUUAUCUUCCAAGUCAUCAUAAUUUGCAUGAUAGACUUAUACUAGUUUCUUUUUUCCUUUUUCUUUUUACCUUCAAAACUUGUUAAUAUGUUUUAUUUAUGUAAUAAUAAUGAGUUGUAUAUGACGAUGAAAUAAUUUACAUUUCAAAACUUCCCAUUUAAAACUAUAUGAUUGAGUAUGAUAAAUAUAUCGUGGAUCCUUAAUAUGUAUACUAAUGUGUUACUUAUCUACAGGACAAUUAGUAGUAGCAUCAUUGCUAAAUCGGGAUGUUAAAUUGCGCCUAUUACUCCGAGAUCCAGUGAAAGCUGCUACUCUAUUUGGAAAACAAGAAGAGGAGAAAUUGCAGGUGAUGAAAGGGGACACUCGGAACUCAGCGGAUCUUGAGCCAUCAAUGUUUGAGGGUGUCACUCAUGUUAUUUGCUGCACGGGUACUACAGCCUUCCCAUCACGGCGAUGGGAUGGAGAUAACACACCUGAGAGAGUAGAUUGGGAAGGCGUGAGAAACCUUGUGUCAGCACUGCCACGAUCACUGACAAGGCUCAUCCUAGUUUCAUCGGUAAGAGUAACCAAGUCUAAUGAACUACCAUGGAGCAUCAUGAACCUUUUUGGUGUUCUCAAAUAUAAGAAGAUGGGGGAGGAUUUCGUUCGUAACUCUGGCCUUCCUUAUACAAUUAUAAGACCUGGUAGGUUGACAGAUGGACCUUAUACAUCRUAUGAUCUAAAUACUUUGCUCAAAGCUACAGCAGGUGAACGACGAGCCGUCGUAAUUGGUCAAGGAGAUAAACUUGUAGGGGAGGUUAGUAGGCUGGUAGUUGYUGAAGCUUGCAUACAAGCAUUGGACAUAGAUUUCACUCAAGGCCAAAUAUACGAAAUCAACUCGGUACCGGGUGAUGGACCAGGAAGUGACACAAAAAAAUGGCAAGAAUUGUUUAAAGCUGCUCAACUCCAAUAAAAGAUAUGUGUACAUGAAUGAAGUCUGUCCACWUAUGCCAUCAUGUUAUUAAGUUUCAAAUUUGUAUUUAAUGAUAUGUAAAUGUGUUAUAAAAACAAGAUAUGAAUAUCUGUAACAAGAUAGUAAAAAAGAAUUAAAUAAUAUAAUAUGUUAAUUAAAAAAA